AUGAAGGUUACACUUGUGGCAGCUGCCGCUGCCGUCCUCGCCGGCGGUGCAAGCGCCAGUCACCACCUCCACGACCAUCGACAGGUCCACCAGGGUCUUUUCCAGAAGAAGGCCGUCAACGACACCGAGUCAUGCGUCCCCGCCUGCACGACCAUCUACUCGACCCUCACCGGUCCCGCCGGCCUUUACUUUCCUCCCAGCACAAGCACCCCCCCGCCUCCGCCGCCGACAACGACCGUGGCCCCCGCAACUUCCUCGGCCCCGGUCACCGUCCCAACUCCGAUCCCGCAAACCUGCCCGACUCCCGGCACAUACACUUUCCCAGCAACUACCAUCGUUGUGACGGAGACGAUCACGGAGUGCGGCGCCACCACGACUGUCAUUCCCAGCGGCACCCACACCAUUGGCGGUGUGACGACUAUUGUUGAGACGGCCACAACGGUUGUCUGCCCGUAUGCCACCACCAAGACCGAGGGUGGAGUCGUGACGAGCGUGAUUGAGACGACCACCUAUGUCUGCCCCUCGGCCGGCACUUACACGAUCGGUCCCAUCACCACAACCGUCACCGAAGUUACCACCGUUGUCAUCCCCGUUGUUACCACUUACUGCCCGGGCACUUACACGGCCCCUGCUGUCGUGACUGUCGUCGAGCAUGCCACCGUUGUGUACUGCCCCUUCAAUCCCUCCGAGACUCCUGCCCCGGCCCUAGCCUCGGCCUUACCAACAAAGCCUGCCGCCGUCGCUGCUUUAGCUGUUCCUAAGCCAGCGGCUCCGGUUCCUAAGCCCGCAGCUCCGCUCGGAGGAAAGGGUGACAAGUGGGCCAUGACUUACACCGCGUACACAGUUACCGGCGACUGCAAGGAGAAGCCCGAAGUCGAAUCCGACGUCAAGGCUAUUGCUGCCGCUGGCUUCACUAGCCUGCGCCUGUACUCAACCGACUGCGGUACGCUUGACAAGGUUGGCCCUAUUUCUCAAGAACUGGGUCUCAAGCUCAUUCUCGGCAUCUUCAUUGGCAAUAAACAAUGCGAUAACGGCUCGCCUACCGUGGCUACCCAGAUUAGCGCCAUCAAGGCAUGGUCCCAGUGGGGAUCGGUGGAGCUCGUGGUCGUUGCCAACGAGGCCAUCUAUAACAAAUACUGCUCUGUAGCGCAACUAAGGGAUCUGAUUCUUCACGUCAAGCAGGAGCUCGGCGGUGUCGGCUACAAGGGUCCUUUCACCACCACUGAUAUUGUAGCGUCUUACGUCGAAAACGAUGUCUCCUCCAUCUGCUCCAUCAUCGACGUUGUCGCCUGCAAUGCCCAUGCCUAUUUCAAUGCCAACACCAAGCCCGAGGACGCCGGUGACUUCGUCGCUAGCCAGCUCGCCAUUGUGGAGAAGAUCUGCGGCCUUCCAGGCUAUGUCAUGGAGACGGGAUGGCCAACGGCUGGCAAUACCAACGGAGUGGCCGUCGCCGGCGUGGCACAGCAGCAGACGGCUCUCGCAUCCAUCAAGCAGAAGCUGGGCAAGUCAGUUGUUUUCUUCUCCCUCCACGAUGACAAGUGGAAGCAGCCCGGCAACUGCGGGUGUGAGCAGCACUGGGGCUGCGGUGAGGUGUUUGGGGCCAUUUCUUCAUCGUAG